AUGUUGCUACCUGGAGGGGAGCGCAAGGUUACUCUUACAGUGCGUCCCGAGGAUGGCGAAAAAAUCAUUGCGUGCUCGGUUGAGACAGGUCGUGUCCAGGAUGAGGAGAAUGCAGUGACCAGGGUCACAGCUGUUCGCUUGUAUACGAACCGUGGUCCAGACCUCGAAGGGCAUGCCAAGGACUGGACGCCGCCACCAGCUGAUGGGAAAGGUAUCAGAAGUGGAAGAGCAUUCGUGGACCUCAAGAUGACCCAUUUUGAUCCUAUUCUUACCAACGGGCAUAUCAAAGCGGGAUCAAUCUGGGGCAACAAAGAGGAUACUGCAAGUGCUGUCGGAGAACCCGAGGAUGUUGACCCUUCCACCAUCGUUACCGAACCCCAGUCCUUCUACCUGAGUUGUCGUGAACGUUUCGGCUGGCAAGAAUACGCAGCCGGUAGGAUAGCCAACCUGGAGCAUCGCUUCGAAAAACCUCUGCCUAUAGUCCCCACAGUGCUCUACGGUUUCCGUGCGAUCCAAGCCCGAGCAGGCAAUGCUCCACGGGUAGCGCUAAGCCUUUCGUCGUUAUCAGAGACCGGGUUCACGCUCUCUUUGAAGUCCUUCCUGCACGAGACAAGCAACAUCGAGGCCAACGUCCUGGUUCUUCCCAACGGAAAGACGCCCUCCCAGCACGGCUUCGUCGACGUCUCUGUUCAUCCGAGCGGCAGGUCGCCACGCCAGAAAGCAACCACCAAGGUCAACUUCGAAAAGCCUUUCAAGAAGCCACCCAAGAUCUGCGCCUGGUUCACCGAGCUAUCUAUACCCAAUGGCCACCGCAGCAUCUGGGUCUGGAUUGAUAACAUCACAGCAGACAAGAUGACGAUACACAUCGAUACUUGGGCAGACUGA